AUGAGCUCCUACUUUGUGAACCCGUUAUUUUCCAAGUACAAAGGCGCUGAAUCGUUGGAGCCAACUUACUACGACUGCAGGUUCCCUCAAAGCGUCACCCGGACCCAUGGGCUGGUGUAUGGGGCUGGAGCAACGGCACCGGGCUUCCAACCCACGCCCCAUCACGUCCAAGACUUCUUUCACCAUGGAACGCCGGGGAUCUCCACUGCCGGAUACCAACAGAACCCCUGCGCUUUAGCGUGCCACGGAGAUGCCACGAAAUUUUACGGCUACGACGCUCUUCCGAGACAAUCACUUUAUGGCGCCCAGCAAGAGGCUAGUGUGGCGCAAUACCCAGACUGUAAAUCGUCGAAUGGCACUAACCUCGGAGACGGACAAGGCCAUCUAAAUCAAACCCCGUCGCCUGGUCUUAUGUUCCCUUGGAUGAGACCCCACGCUCCCGGAAGGCGCAGCGGUCGACAGACGUACAGUCGUUACCAAACACUGGAGCUGGAGAAGGAGUUCCUGUUCAACCCUUACCUCACACGCAAGCGACGCAUCGAGGUCUCCCACGCCUUGAGUCUAACCGAGCGACAGGUGAAGAUCUGGUUUCAGAACCGGCGUAUGAAAUGGAAAAAAGAGAACAACAAAGACAAAUUCCCCGGCCAGCGAGGGGAGGCCGAAGCGGAGGGAGAAGGAGAAGGAGAGGGAGAGGGAGAGGCAGAGGCAGAGGAAGAAGCCAACGAAGAGGGAGAAGCAGAGGAAGGAGAGAAAAAAGAGACGAGAGAGGAAGAGGGGACGAAAGAGUGAUUUUAUUGCCCCUUUUAUGGUUAUACGACUUAAAGUUAAAAGAUAGAAGAGAGAGAGGGAGGGUAGAGGGAGAGAGGGGUAGAGAGAGACGAGAUCCCCUUUUACGACCACCGUUUUAUUGAGUCAACAAGUGAGGAAAUCCUUUAGAGAGGCAAUUGUGACACGGCUUCCUGUCCACGCAGUAAUUCUCAAAUGAGAGCAGGCAUCCAAUAAGAAUUCAUGCUUUACCAAACAGACUCUCCCUAAAAAAGGUCCGUGUUUAUCUCCAGAUCUUACACUUUCAUGUUCCUCACCCAGGUCUCAGACUACAUGUAGUAUAGGCCUUGAGACCAGAAUAACCCAUAAAACACAAGAACGAACUAUACAAUUCCGGCUUGAGUUGACAGCAAUCACAACGGGAGAUUGGGGUUCAUAAUGUUUUUUUUCAUCGGCUCUUUCGCCCAUAUGACCAACAUUUCAGUGUGGUGAAAAUGAAGUCAACAUAGUCUUCAGUAAGAACACCUUAGGCAACCUUAGAGAAGGACAACUUAUUAGGGUACUUGGAUGGGCCUAGAUAAGUAUAAAAUGUAUUGCGAACACAUGCUUUUAUAUUAUCAAUGUGUGUGUGUUUUUUUAGUAGCCUAUUAUUUAUGUAAUUUGGGUGGGAUACAAUUAUGAGAAUCCAUGUAAUCAUGACGCAAAUUUUUAAAUUUGGAGUCGAUACGAUGCUACCUAGUGCGAGGAAACUGCAACUUAAUUUUACUUUAUUUGAAUGGCAGUUUCCUCUCACCCCUUCAAUUCAAAAUUGAAUCUACCUAAUCGCAAUUAUAUUGAUAUCACUGACAAUUUGUAAUGAAUAUUUUGUACGCUUUGUGACAUUUUUGCUGAAACUGAAUAUCCUUGGUUACUCAAUCAAAUGCUGAGGAGAAAUAAUGAAUCAUUCGACUUAAUGACAUCGAUGUAGCCUAUUGACACUCAACUUGCAAUACAAGUAGGCCUACUAAUUCUGCAUUUCUACGUGUAGGCUGCAUAACUCACUACACCUCGACUCGACUGAGUAUUCAAGGGCAUCUAACUACCUAGGCCUAGAUAAGACUUGACGGUAUUGACAUGUAUCAGUAGUAACGUUGGAAGCCAUAUUUUUGUCAGGUAUUGUCAGAGAA